AUGUCAAUGAACCACAGUGUAAGUGCAUCGGAAGAUGAAAAAGAGGUACCCAGUGCCAAUGACAAGGGCCAUAAUACUCCAAAGCUAUUUGAUCAGGAGCCCGAUUCUACGAAGGAGGUCUUGACCAAAUUCGAAAACUUGGAAGAUUGUAUAUAUGCGAAUAAGAGGAUCGGGACAUUUAAAAAUAAUGAUUUCAUGGAGUGUGACUGUUAUGAAGAAUUCUCUGAUGGGGUCAAUCAUGCCUGUGACGAGGAUUCUGACUGUAUCAACAGGCUCACGUUAAUAGAGUGUGUGAAUGACUUGUGUUUGACUUGUGGCGAUAACUGUCAAAACCAACGGUUCCAGAAAAAGCAGUAUGCUCCAAUAGCCAUAUUCAAAACAAAGAAUAAAGGAUAUGGUGUUCGAGCUGAACAGGAUAUAGAGGCAAACCAGUUCAUCUACGAAUAUAAAGGUGAAGUGAUUGAGGAGAUGGAGUUCAGAGAUAGAUUAAUAGACUACGACCAACGUCAUUUCAAGCAUUUUUAUUUUAUGAUGUUGCAAAACGGCGAAUUCAUUGAUGCAACAAUAAAGGGUUCAUUAGCGAGAUUUUGUAACCACUCUUGUAGUCCCAAUGCAUACGUCAAUAAAUGGGUCGUUAAGGGUAAACUGCGUAUGGGUAUUUUUGCUCAAAGGAAAAUCCUGAGAGGUGAAGAAAUCACUUUUGACUAUAACGUGGAUCGGUAUGGUGCUCAGGCUCAAAAAUGCUAUUGUGAAGAACCAAACUGUAUCGGGUUUCUUGGUGGUAAGACACAAACUGAUGCGGCGUCAUUAUUACCUCAAAACAUCGCUGAUGCCUUGGGGGUUACCGUUUCUAUGGAGAAAAAAUGGUUAAAAUUGAAAAAAUUGAAUGGCGAGCCAAUCAUUAAGAAUGAAAACGAAAACGUGAAUAUUGAAUUCCUGCAAUCCUUGGAAAUCAAACCUAUUGAUGAUCCCAUGGAUGUCACGAAAAUUAUGAGUGUAUUGCUACAGCAAGAUAAUAAAAUUAUUGCGUCCAAACUAUUGAACAGGCUUUUCACCAUUGACGACAAUUCUUUGCGCCACCAAGCUAUCAAGCUGCACGGUUAUACGUGUUUUAGUAAAAUGAUUAAGUUGUUUGACCCCAAACAACAACAAAAGCAACAAGAAGAUGAAUUUGACAAUGAGGAAGACGAAAAAAGUUCAAUGAUCAAAAAAAUCCUGGACUUCUUAUUAGAACUGCCCAAAACAACUAAAAAUGGUAUCUUGUCAUCACAAAUUGGUGAUAAUAUAAGAAUUUUAUCUGCGGAAUGUGCAGACUUAAAGCCAGAAUGCGAUGAACUAUUAGAGAAAUGGUCGAAGUUUGAAACCUAUAAAAGAAUCACCAAGAAAGACAUUAAUGUUGCAUCCAGUAAAAUGAUAGAUUUGAGAAGAAUUAGAUUGCCCCCGGGCUGGGAAGUCAUUCAUGAAAAUGGUCGUCCAUUGUACUAUAAUGCAGAACAAAAAACAAAACUACACUACCCUCCCACAGGGUCUUCAAAGACAUUUAGUUCAAGAUCAAGCACACCAGUUGAAGCCAUGAGUAGUGGUGGAAUUGUGAAAACCAUUAAUGCUUCAGAUCUCAAGAAACACAAACUGAGUGAUGAAGAGUACGAAAGAAAAAAACGCAAAAGACUCGAAUAUGAAAGAAACGCUUUAGAAAGAGCCAAACAAGAAGAACUAGAAAAUUUGAAACAAAAGCUAAAGCUCGAAAAUGAAAGGAAAAGUGUCUUGGAAGAUAUUAUAGCAGAAGCUAACAAGCAAAAGGAAGCACAAAAGGAAGAGGCUAAAAAACUAGUGGAAGCUAAAGAGGCCAAGCGUUUGAAAAGGAAAACGGUCUCGCAAUCUCAACGAUUGGAGCACAGCUGGAAUAAAUUUUUCGCGUCUUUCGUGCCAAAUCUAAUAAGAAACAAUCCGCAAAGUAAGCAGUUUGAUCAUGAAAAUAUCAAACAGUGUGCCAAAGAUAUUGUGAAAAUGUUAACCACAAAGGAAUUGAAAAAAGAUUUAUCGAGAGCACCACCCGAUGAUUUAAGCAAAGAGAAAAGGCAUAAGGUUAAAGAAUUCAUAAAGUCUUAUAUGGAUAAGAUAAUUCUCAAAAAGAAGCAAAAAAAGGCAUCGAUCUCGGCAUCGGCAUCAACUAGGAUGUCUUCUCCCCCACCUUCAACAUCAUCAAACUGA